GUAGGAUAUGGUUGGGUACCUUGAAGAAAGGUCGUGGGAUUGAUUCUCCUUCCAGGAACCUGGAGCACCCCAUACCCCGUAGAUCCGUACAUAUGGCCGACCAGUGGCACGUCAACAUGUGAUUGACUGUUGUAAUGGGUAUGCACUUGUCUGGCCAGACCAAUCAAUUCGUAUACCGCGUCUCUAUAGCAUUCCGCCGACGGGGUACACCAGCGAUAUCGCAUGCGCAUCAAUGGAUCAAAGGACAUGUUCUCAUUGCUACGGAGUCGAGCAUGUAUCGCAGUUUUGCAAGAAACCCCCCCAUGGAACAUCAGCAAAAUGUGCCUAGCUCCUGCUUAUGUCUUAUCAGUGGCGGCAAGUGCAAGCCACGCCCCCGGCCUAUUCGACGGAGACUAAGAGCCCUGCUAAAUCUGCUUAAGAAUGCCAAGGGCAAGGUGGGCCAAGGUCGCGCAGUACGGCGUACGGAUACAUAUGUACAUGUGCUAGGUACCCAGCUAACAUUGGAUGGCCAAGCAUGGCCCUCGGAUGGCUGGGUUAUCCCCCGUCCUUCUGCAGCUGCGACUCCCGCGUUCUUCCUUGGACUGUGUGGUAUGUCUUUAAUUGGUUCAAGGCCUGCUAUCCUCCCAAAUUCGGCGCCCCCAUCUGCACUAGGUCCAGCCGGACGAUCUCGCGACCCAGUGGGUAAUAAAGAACUCAGCAGCAGCAGCGGGAGCAGCAGUAGUAUUAGCAGUAGUAGUAGCAGCAACAGCGUCGACCGGCAGAGCUCGAGUUCUUCUUCUCCCCCGUAUAUAUUCCCUUGUACGCCCGAACCGAGUCGUGCAGGAUCGGGCUCUUUUGGAUCUCCGUCUCAUCAGUGUUGACUCUCUUUCUUCCAUCCCCUCUGAAGCCUCUUUGUAGACUCUGCAGAGUUUCCCCCCCCCCCCCAUCCUGGAUACGAAUAAUCACAUUGUGCACUUGUGGCCGCAUCGUCGACACUAGACCUUUUAACCUCGACUCUACAGCCAGGGUCAUAUUGACCCCACGACUACCGACGACAUGUCGUACUCGUGGAUUGGAGCUCCCACGGAGUUCAAUGGCACAGAUCCAGAGACUGGCGGCGAUUCCGGUAUGUCCAAAUGCAGUGAUGUACCUCGUUUUCCACAAUG